AAUAAAACCUUUUCGAAGUUAGGCCGUGUAUUUUUGUAUUAUUUUAUUUAUCAUGGCUGUUGACAAUCUAAGCGAGAGAGACCGCGCUGUUUUGAGAAGUAUAUUUGACCCAACGGCGACUAUUGGGGACGUAGUGGAUGAAGGUGACAAGUUCAUUGAAGAUGAUGAAGAAAACUCUCCCGCUGUGGAAGAAUCGAAAGCACUUUGCCUACAAGGGGUUAAGCUAGCUGAUGCUGGAAAAUUAGAAGAAGCUCUAAAAUUGAUGAAUAAAGCCAUUGAGGCUGCCCCAGACCGGGCCGCUGGAUACAACGACAGAGCACAGUUGCUGAGACUUAUGCAAAGAGAUGAUGACGCAUUAUUAGACAUUGACAAGGCCACACAGUUGACAGAAGGCAAGCGCACGCGUUCCCGCGCCCUUGCGUUGUGUCAGCGCGGCGUGUUGCUGCGAAAGCGCGGGAAAAAUGACGAAGCGCGAACAGAUUUUGCUGAAGCAGCUAAAUUGGGCAGCAGUUUUGCUAGAAAACAGGUAGUGGAGCUAAAUCCGUACGCAGCACUUUGCAAUCAAAUGUUAAGCCAAGUUAUGAAAGGAGAAAAUAUCAAAUUGUAAAAAUACUUGAAUAAAACACAAUGAUCUAAUGGAUUA